CGCGCGUGCGCAGUGUGUCCAACUCUUACGAAACCAAGCGGUCGGCAGGUAGAGAAACAACAGGGACGUUUUAGAAGUCUUACCAGCGGACGAUUUCAAGACGGAAUGCGCCUUUCUUCGGGCUUGAUAUAGAUAUCAUCUGCGGGGGUCCGGUGCGAGAUAAACAUGGCCCCCAAUUCCAUCCACUGGUUCCGGAAAGGUCUCCGUCUCCAUGACAACCCAGCCCUGAUGGAGGCAGUCCGGGGAGCGGGCACAGUACGCUGCGUUUACUUUCUGGACCCUUGGUUCGCGGGCUCUUCCAAUGUCGGGGUCAACAGGUGGAGGUUUCUUCUCCAGUGUUUGGAGGACCUCGAUGCCAACCUUCGCAAGCUCAACUCCCGCCUCUUUGUCGUCAGGGGCCAACCCGCCAACGUGUUCCCGCGCCUCUUUAAGGAGUGGAAGAUCUCCCGCCUCACCUUCGAAUACGACUCGGAGCCGUUUGGGAAGGAGAGGGACGCCGCCAUCAAGAAGCUGGCCAUGGAGGCCGGAGUGGAGGUCGUCGUCAAGACAUCACACACCCUCUACGACCUGGACAAGAUCAUCGAGUUGAACGGCGGGCAGCCGCCACUCACCUACAAGCGUUUCCAGACCCUCAUCAGCCGGCUGGAUCCUCCGGAGAUGCCCGCCGAGACGCUGUCGAACAGCCUGAUGGCUCACUGCGUCACCCCGAUCUCGGACGACCACGGGGACAAGUACGGGGUGCCGUCGCUGGAGGAGCUUGGCUUCGACACGGAGGGUCUGCCGACAGCAGUGUGGCCGGGAGGAGAGACUGAGGCCCUGACCCGGAUAGAACGCCAUUUGGAGAGAAAGGCAUGGGUGGCAAACUUCGAGCGUCCCCGGAUGAACGCCAACUCGCUGCUGGCCAGCCCGACGGGCCUCAGCCCCUACCUGCGCUUCGGCUGCCUCUCCUGCCGCCUUUUCUACUUCAAACUCACCGACCUCUACCGCAAGGUGAAGAAGAACAGCUCCCCUCCGCUCUCGCUGUACGGACAGCUGCUGUGGCGGGAGUUCUUCUACACGGCCGCCACCAACAACGCGCGCUUCGACAAGAUGGAGGGGAACCCCAUCUGCGUACGCAUCCCGUGGGACAAGAACCCCGAGGCGCUGGCCAAGUGGGCCGAGGCCAAGACGGGCUUCCCGUGGAUUGACGCCAUCAUGACUCAGCUGAGGCAGGAGGGCUGGAUCCACCACUUGGCUCGCCACGCCGUCGCCUGCUUCCUCACUCGGGGCGACUUGUGGAUCAGCUGGGAGGAAGGGAUGAAGGUCUUUGAGGAGCUGCUUCUGGACGCCGACUGGAGCGUGAAUGCGGGCAGUUGGAUGUGGCUGUCCUGCAGUUCCUUCUUCCAACAGUUCUUCCACUGCUACUGUCCCGUGGGCUUCGGCCGGCGCACAGACCCCAACGGGGACUUCAUCAGACGCUACUUACCGGUCCUCCGAGGUUUCCCCGCCAAGUACAUCUACGACCCGUGGAACGCGCCCGAGUCGGUGCAGGCGGCGGCCAGGUGCGUCAUUGGCGUCCACUACCCCAAGCCCAUCGUGCACCACGCCGAGACCAGCCGCCUCAACAUCGAGAGAAUGAAGCAAAUCUACCAGCAGCUCAGCCGAUACCGAGGACUAGGCCUUCUGGCGUCGGUACCAUCCACCAACGGCAACGGGAACGGAGGAAUGAUGGCCUACUCCCCCGGGGACCAACAACCAGCCGCCAACAACAGCGGCGCCCCCCACAUGCCCAGUGUGUCGGGAGGCUCGGUCGCCGCCGGCAACAGCAGCGGUAGAAUCACUCAGAACUUUGACAGCGAGGGACAACCGAGGGGGCCCGGCAGUGUGGGUCAGCAGCGACUACAGCACGGUUACCAUUCAGUGGCAGACAACAACACAACUGUCGCCAGCAGUCACCCGUACCACGAGUUUGCUGUGCCUCAGCUUCCAGGUCUGGCGCACGCAAGAGGCGGCAUCACAGGGAAACGCGAGCGGGAGUCGGAACGCGAGGGCUUGAGCGAGGAAGAGUCGUCGUCGUUGUCCUGCUCCGUCCGCAAGAUGCAAAGACAGAGUGCACAGGCCACCUAGCGAACGAAGACACCAGCUCCGUGAGAAGACGACCUCUCCGACUGUUUGUGCACCGCUGGAACUAACGAGGUGAACAUGGACGUUGCACGUACAAAAAAAAAAAAAAAAAAAACACCUCAAAAAGUGUCCUCAGUUGUUGGAGCUGGACUAUUUAUUUAUAAGGAAAAUCAAAACCAAAGAAAAAAAAAAAAAACAGACCAAAAUGUACAAAAAUCUUUGUCUGACGGAAGAGGCCUCACUCCCGCUUUGGAAUAUGUGUGUAUAUAUAUAUAUAUAUAUAUAUAUAAAUAUGUGUCAUUUUAACACAAGUGUAAUUAGUCCCAGCAGCCACCAGGGGGCUCCUUUCAGGACCGUCAUCCCACCUAGACUGUUUGUUGGGCUCGCUCGUGUCGGCAGCUCAAAACCUUUUCAUCGGCGGCGUUCAAAAGCGUGUUUACAAACGCCCGCCGACUCUGCCUUUGAGCGACGAGGCGACGGCGAGUUCCACAAAACGGGCGCGGAUUUCAACAUUUUUGCGACACUCUUUGACCCCCCCCCCCCCCCCCCCGCCCCACAUCAGUGCCGCCGAUGUAAGCGCCCUCUGUGGGCCGUGAUGUGUUCAAGGGCCAUCGUGUUUUUCUACUCUUUUAUAUAAAAUAACCAAAAGGCCAAAAAAAAGAAAAGACACACUAGGAGGACAGGGAUGUGUCGGAAGUAGGGAUGUCCGAUAAUGGCUUUUUGCCGAUAUUCCGAUAUUGUCCAACUCUUUAAUUACCGAUACCGAUAUCAACCGAUACCGAUAUAUACAGUCAAUUACAUUAUUAUGCCUAAUUUGGACAACCAGGUAUGGUGAAGAUAAGGUACUUUAAAAAAAAUAAUAAUAAUAAAUAAAUUAAAAACAUUUUCUUGAAUAAAAAAUAAAGUUAAAAAAAUAUAAAAACAGUUACAUUGAAACUAGUAAUUAAUGAAAAUGAGAAAAAUUAACUGUUAAAGGUUAGUACUAUUAGUGGACCAGCAUGUGUGCUUACGGACUGUAUUCCUGCAGACUGUAUUGAUAUAUAUUGAUAUAUAAUGUAGGAACCAGAAUAUUAAUAACAGAAAGAAACAACCCUUUUGUGUGAAUGAGUGUAUAAAUGGGGGAGGGAGGCUUUUUGGGUUGGUGCACUAAUUGUAAGUGUAUCUUGUGUGUUUUAUGUUGAUUUAAUUAAAAAAAAAAUGUAAUUAAUUAAUUAAAAUGUAUUAAUUUAUCAGCCGAUAAUAUCGGCAGGCCGAUAUUAUCAGACAUCUCUAGUACUAACUUUUAACAGUUAAUUUGACUCAUUUUCAUUAAUUACUAGUUUCUAUGUAACUGUUUUUAUAUUGUUUUACUUUCUUUUUUAUAUUAAAAUGUUUUUAAUUUAUUUAUCUUAUUUUAUUAAUUUUUUUAAAAAGGACCUUAUCUUCACUAUACCUGGUUGUCCAAAUUAGGCAUAAUAAUGUGUUAAGUCCACAACUGUAUAUAUCGGUAUCGGUUGAUAUCGGUAAUAAAAAAAAAACGAUACCGAUAAUUAAAAAAAAAAACGAUACCGAUAAUUUCCGAUAUUAUCGGCAGGCCGAUAUUAUCGGACAUCUCUAGUCUGAAGCAAACAUUCCUCGCAAACCAAGUCCUACCGACCGUGUCGAUAAGUUUGUGCGACGAUUGUGUUCCUGAACGCAUCGCCAACGACCGCAACGUCCGCCCUCAGCUCGCGCCGUUGCGCCUCGUUAGGAGCGAAUGCUGAGUGAAUGUGGACUUCUCCUCCUGUGCGAUACGCGCCGAUGCUUAUCCUGCGCACUAACUAUAACAUAAUUACGAUUAUUUUACGCACAGUCGACAAGAAAAGCCCACACUUUGUGUUGUUUGUGCGUAGAACACGUUUUUUGGAUCAUGUAACGAAACUUGAGACAAAUACGUAUCUUACAUCUAUUUUACGACAUUUUGUUCCUCAUAGUUCAAACGUUGUUUAAAAUAUCGGAACAAGAUUGUUUUCUCGAACACCUUUUAGGCUUCGAUGUGAGCAAUCGGACAGUCGUCUACAAUCGUUAAUUUUUGUUUUAAAUGUGAGAAUCUUUGCCGACACAUUUAAAUGAGGAGAUGUUGGAGAGGGGGGCGGGGUCAAAGGCAUCGUAAUGUACGAUAAUUAUGUGUUUGAACAAUGUUUUGUUGCGUUUAUUCCAUUGGAGGAGAAAAAACAAAAGACCUGGCAGCCCGGUAUCGCACGACAACGUAGAAAUACAUCUUCCCGCCAAAACGUAAAAAAGACAUCGGAACACGUCGCAACAUUUCUACGCCGACGUCAUCGACCGUGUCUGUAAGAUGUCGCUCGUUUUCUGUCCUGCCUGGUGAUGUGAAAGGCCUUGUUUGUGAUUGACAGCAAAUAAACUUUUUUGUUUUAAA